AAAAGAUAUUCUUUUUCAUAUGUUUGUGGAGGAGUUAUUUUUUAAUUUUUUUUUUCGCGCCUUUAUUUCAAAAUACGUUUUUUACGGUGAUUUUUCUUAAAAUUCCAAUUUUAAUUAUAACUUGUUAUAUAUAUGGAUGAUUAUCUGGACAUUCCAUCUGAAGGUUCUUCGUUAGACAACUCAUCCACUGAUUCCGAAGAUGAUUAUGAAUCGGAUACACGUUACCAAAUUGAUAGUGAUGAUUAUGAAUCGGAUACACCUUAUCAAAUUGAAAUUGAUGACAAUUCUGAACAAGAUGCGUAUGAUCAAUCUGCUACAAACCAUAAUAAUCCUAUCUGGUCCAAGAAAUAUUCUUCACAACCAGCAUUAGAAUUUGAUAAAAUAUCAGGUCCAAUAUCAUCUUUAAAAACGGACCCAUUGUAUCCAUCAGAUAUAUAUAAGAAAUUUAUUAAUGAUUCUCUAAUAAAUACAAUUACAUUCAAUACCAAUUUAUAUGCCCAACAAAAAAAUAUUAAAUAUCAACCAACUAAUCCUACAGAAAUAAGAAAAUUUUUAUGUCUUCAUAUACUCUUUGGAAUUAAAACUAUGGCAAAUUACAAAGAUUAUUGGAGUUCUAAACCAGAAUUCCAUGACAAUUUUGUUUCAUCCAUAAUGAAAGUAAAACGUUUUAUUUGGCUUAUGGCCCACAUCCAUAUAAAUGACAAUAUCUUAGAACCAUCGAGAAAUGAUGAAAAUUAUGAUAAAUUAUACAAAAUAAGACCAUUCAUUGAUAAUAUCCGUUCCUCUUGCUUGAAAUAUUUUCUUCCCUCGGAAUAUCAAGCAAUUGACGAAGGAAUGAUUAGGUUCAAAGGCCGUAUAGGAUUUAGGCAAUACAUGCCUAAGAAACCCACGAAACGCGGUUUCAAGGUUUGGAUGAGAUGCGAUAAUUCAGGAUAUAUGAAUGAUUUUAAUAUCUAUGUUGGGAAAAAUAAAGAGGUUGAAAGUAAUCUUGGUUAUAAUGUUGUAACAAAGUUUUGUGAAGGACUUCAAAAUCAUAAAAUAUUUUUCGAUAAUUAUUUUACGAGUUAUACUCUAAUGGCCGAUUUAAAAAAGAAAGGUAUAUAUGCUAGCGGAACACUAAACAAAAAUAGGAGAUACUUGCCCAUAAAGAAUAUGGAAACAAAAUUAAAAAGAGGUGAGUUUGACUGGAGAAGUGACAAAAAUAAUAUAAGUAUAAUUAAAUGGCGAGAUAAUCGUGACGUAUUUAUAAUGUCCAAUUAUAUUGAUCCGAGAUCAGUGGAUACUGUGAAGAGAAAAAAUAAAAAAGGGGAAGUUUUUGACGUAAAAUGUCCAAUAAUGAUAAAGAUGUAUAAUAAAUAUAUGGGGUCUGUUGACCAUUUCGACCAUUUAAAGUCUUUAUAUGAAAUUUCGCGAAAGUGUCGAAAAUGGUGGCUACCAAUAUUCUUUUGGCUGAUAGAUGCGGCGAUUAUCAAUUCAUUCAUAAUAUACAAUAUUCUUACAGAUAAUAAACUCUCAUCGAAAGAAUUCCGAAGACAAAUAAUUGCUAGCGAAUUGGCAUACUGUAAAAAUGUUAAUAGGGAUGAUAAUAUUCAUAAUGAUAAUAAUUAUAUAUCAAUGCAAAGAAAAAAUAAUAAACCUUAUAUCCUUCCAGAAAUUAGACUAAAAAAUUCAGCUCAUCAACCUCAGGCAGGAACCUCACGAAGGUGUACCUUCUGUAGUACAAAGUUAAAUCCCAGAAGAACAAGGUGGUCGUGCAAAUCAUGCAACGUACCACUCUGUCUAAAUAAAAAUAGAAAUUGUUUUGAAAGUUUCCAUAAGGUGUCAAUGAUAUGAAUUUAAAACCACCAGGGAGAGCCGCCAUUUUGAAUUUAAAAAACUUUUUUUGUGUGUUUUAUAUUAUAUUAUAUUAGAAUCAAUAAAAAAAUUAGUAAAUAUCGUGUUGCAUCAUAUUAAUUU